AUGGCAAACAAAUUUCUCGUCUCCUUCAAGGAGAUGUUUUCUUCCAAGGGCUCAAAGAGCACACAACAGCAGGACUAUCUCUAUGGUCUUCGAGGAGUACUGGCCAUCGAGGGCUUCCUCUGGCUGUUCCUCAAGACCUUUGUCCCAGCAGUGGUUAUGAGUGAGGUGUCGGGUCCUACAUACCAAGUCAUUGUUCGCAAAGUAUUCUCGGUACUCUUCUGGAACGAGAGCCUGAUAUCUUCAUUCUUUAUCAUACUCUCAGCACGCUCUAUCUGCAUCAGCUUCUUGCAAGAGCCUACCGCCAAAGCAUUCGCUCGCUCGCUAGUCACUCGCCCUCUACGCAUUGGCAUUCCACUCGCCUUUGCUUUGGCCUUUUCGAUUUCGAUCUUUUCUUCCACCAACACAGUCUACAUUGAUGUAGCUGCACAAGCUCUGAAGAACCCCAAUCUCGCGGCGCCAACCAUGCCAUCUACCGCUCUGGCGUCCUUCAACACAAUCUGGGACGUGCUCUGGAUUGUCCGCGAUUUUGGAAAACAAAUGGCCAACCAAGCCUUCCCUGGUGCAACGAUGUGGGCACUUUCGUUGAUAUACUCUCAGAGCUAUACAACAUACAUUGCGAUGGUCAUCCUUCCGUUCACAAGGGCUUCCUGGCACAUCCAAGCAAUUGCGAUCUUCAGCAUAGGAUCGUUUUGGUUCAACUCGUGGGGCUGGUAUUCGGCGGCUGGUCUUUUCGUCGCCGAUGUAUCUCAGAAUCAUGAUCUACGCACUCGUUUGGGCCGAGGUAUCAAGAUCAGUGAGAGUGUCAGCUUUCCCUAUUGGAUACUUGCCAUCUUGUCUGUCGUCGUGGGCGUCGUCCUGAAAUACCUUUGGGUAGCCGCAUUUCCUCAGCAUCUCCGGGCAGAACUUGUUCUGCAUCCUAGCCUUCAUCUCACUCAAGGCUUGACCACUCACAACUUUAGCACGGAUCAAGCGUAUGCUCGAUUGGACGACUAUUUGAUCGUGUCCAAGUCGGAAAACGAUCACUCAGCANUCUACGUGGCUCAAUCCUUGAUGCUCUACGUCGUUAGUCUUCGGGUCUUCGUUGCUCUCCACGUCGUGAAGCAUAUGUCUUUGGCCUCUGCAAAUACUGUGGCUUUCGUCUCUUAUCUUGGGUUGACGGCUGCAUUUGCAGAAGCCUUCUACUGGACUGUUGAAAGAUCAUCAAUUUGGUUUGCCAGACACCUCUUCGAGUGGAGCAGAACUUGA